AAAUAAGAGAGCAAUUUGAUGUAAAAAUAUUCAUCAGAGUGAAAUGGCUUUAUCAUCAUCAAGAAUGAGUGUAGUAAUAAUUCUGACAUGCUUUACAUUUUCACUUAACAUGUGUGUGGGAACUGAUUAUGACUAUUUGUCAUUGGCUCUGCAAUGGCAACCUGCAUACUGCAGGAUACCAGCUGAUGUUAGAAUUAACUGUCAAAGUAAUUUAAUAGUAAAGGACAACUUUACUAUUCAUGGUCUGUGGCCAUCUAAACACUCGGGUCCUCAGCCACGUAAUUGCAUACCAAUAGACUCUCAAGGAGAAACUCUGGAUAUUAAAAAGAUUUUACCAGCAACAUUUACAAAGCUCAAGAAAUCAUGGACAAGUUUAAUAGGAGAUGAUACAGAGUUCUGGAAAUCCCAAUGGAAGGUGCAUGGAACAUGCUACUAUACAAAGAACCAAAAGCAAGCGAAAUACUUGAAUACAGCAUACAACUUUUGGAGUGGAUUCAACCUUUUUAAUAGACUUAAAGUGGAAGGGAUUGUCCCUGUUAAAGGGGGCAAGUUGUACACUACAGAGGCUGCAAUAAAAGCCUUCAAAAAGAGUUACGCCGAAGACACGGUUACCUACAUUCCUGAGUUCAAGUGUUCUACUCCUACGCCAUCCUCACCAAGUGAAUUAUAUGAAAUCAUUAUGUGCUUGGAUCAUGAUGGAAAUGAGCCCAUCAACUGUACAACGACUUCUCCAUCUUGUGGUAAACAAUUUUUAUGGAAAUCAGAAAAAUAAUAAUCAUGUAAAAUAUAUUGCUUCCAGAUAGACAUACUAAAUAAAAAGGAAGCAACUAUAUUGUGUUUAUGAAUGAAUUCUCAUGAAACAGAGCAUCUAUAUAUUAUGCAAGAGAUUACUGUUUAUUUAUCUACUAUGAAUUUCAAUAAAAUAUAUAUUCAUUAGAGUA